AUGAAUUCUGUCCCUACUCCUCCUCCUCCUCCUUUUUCAUGUUUGGCCUCCCCGGCUUUGCUGGGGUUACCUAUGCCUGUAUCGACAGUAGCGUUGGACACAAGUCCUAAAAAGUUUCAGACUAAAACUCACAAUGAGGUCGUAUCAGCCUCUGAUUCCUACUCUGCCGUCGUCACAACUACUAUUUCAGCUUCAGAGGUUUUGAAGACUACAAAGUCAGGAGUCGAGACUGAUACAUCUCAGAUUACUUUGCCUCAAUAUACUUAUGCUAUUAUUCCUACCUCUGAUCCAUCCCUCACAACUCCUGCUAGUUCCAUUGAGGUGUCGCUAGACGGAAUGUGUCAAUCUAUCUCUAAAUUUGAGUGCCAGCCAGUUAUCAAAUUAAACUCUGAAGUUAAGCCUAUUUCCUCAUCAGACAAUGGAUUUCCUAUACCGACCAGUCUCUCCUGCUCUCGAUUAGUCUGUGACUCAGACCAAAGCCAUUUCAGUCAACCUAUUAGGCCAGAUUUCGAGACGGCGAUAGAUUCUCCCGCCUCAAUCGAUGCUGUUGGACCAGAUGGCACCUCUAAGUCGGUUCUGAAUUGUGCCCUGAUCGAGUCGCAGACCGCCUCUACUUCCGCCUCCACCUCUGUUUCGCCUAAGAAACUAUGCCUUGGCAGUGGCAUUCCCAAGCUGACCUCCACCACCACCUACUACACUAGCCCACUUGGCUCAGUUUGCGCUUUCUCUGGAAUGCCAGCUCUUACCGAAAUUAAUGGUGUUUCGCGCUGCAGUUCGUCACUUAGUGCAUCUGCAGUGACCUCAUCGCUUCAGCAAACUCCUGCACAAAAGUCAUCCCCUACAUUAAACCUUGCGCAGUUCAUUUCUUCCAAUUCAUCCUCCACUACCAACUCGCUCAUUGAUGCUACUGCAUCUCUUAUAGCAUCGUCUCCUAACUGCGCUCCCUUUAUUCCUGUUGCUGCAGCUCCAGUCACGGACGCUGGGGGUGUUAGCAAUGGUCAAACUUCCUUCAACACUCCCAGCCACACCGUUUCCAGAUAUUCCAAUUCAUCUUUUACUUCGACUCCUAUCAUCCCUCUAGAUGUAUCUAACGAAAUCAUUUUAGGUCAACCAAAGAAUGGUAUAUUGCGUGACACGGGGGCCGUAUCUUCUAGCCAUGGCCUAACUGCUUUUGGCAGAAAGUCGGGCGCCUCCAAACUGCCUGUACGUUAUCAUAUCAAUUUUUAUGGUUUAUAUUCAGAAUGGUAG